ACGUCACAAGGCCCUGUAUCCGGCUGCAGCUUGGGUUUGGACCAUGGAGCCCGGCGGGGAAUGAGAGCGUCAGCCAGCGUAUGAGGAGUAUGAGCCGGACCGGGAGAAGCCGGGGCAGCAGCCUCGGGGAGACGGAGCCUAGCCUGGACUAAGCAGCAGAGACGUCUUACUGGACCCCAGCCCACACCCCCCACGCAUUUCCUGUGGAACCCCCAUCGUCAGAGCGAGGAUCCCGGUACAGCCGGACCCCAGAGCCCAGAUGUUGCCCGAUAGCAGGAAGAGACGGCGAAAUAAUGAUGUCUCCCAGCUCCCACAGUCUAAACGGAGCAACGGGAGUCCUACAUUCCAGGACUGGGAGGCAGAGGCGGAGUCAUCAGGGAGUGACAGCAGUAACAGUAACUUAAGCUUGGACCGGAGUAGCGGGUCGGAGAAUCUACAGACAGUGGCUGCGUCAGGCCCCGCCACCCCACAGCCAUUCUCCGUCCCAGAGCAGUCGGCGCUAAAUCAGGGACCCUAUGUUGUCAUCAACCAGAUCUUAAAAGAAGCGCACUUCUCCAGCCUACAGCAGCGGGGGUGCCCCUCCUCCUGACCUGCCAGCCACGGAUCCCACCCUGCAGACGGACUAUGUGUCUAAUGCCAAUAUUACAGCCCUCCGGUUGCUUCCAAAGCGGCCCCACGAGCCGUUACCUGCUGGCUUUAUUCUGUCGUUUCCCACCCAUUACCCAAGGUAACAGAUUAUCACACGCUCAGUUCAGCCCCCUGAGCCGGAGACUCCAUCUUUCUGUAAGAAGGUGAAGCCUUUCGGACAGGGAAUCUUUGCUGGUCAGAGACGCCAUCUUGCCGUGUGCAUUUAGGUGUUGUGUAAAUUUAAUUUGUACAUAUAUCAUUUUUUCUUUUUUUUUUUCUUUUUGGAAGGUGACCUUAAUUAGCACUUUUGAAAGGGGGGGCUGUAUAUAUACACUAGCUUGGUUCCACCUCCAUGUUCAGAUGGCAAAAAGCAACGGAACAAAGGACUUGUCUUGGAUCAGAGCUUCCACAACCACCACCAUGUACCUCCUUGCUUGAUGUAAGGGUCACCAUUCAAUCCCCUCAGGACAUCAUGGCGCUUAAUUAGGGAACUCAGACCUUACAUCAGAUGCUGCCGUUAUGAUUGUGACAUGAACCUACAUUGCACCCCCAGCCCUGGUUUGUGGCGGGGGGGAACUAAAAGCCGUAGGCGGUUGUCCCACCAGUGAACCUACGGGGCACCUGAUGUGAUGGAGCCUGGGCCUUCUGGUAGAGAUACUUGCCCUAGUGUAUAACUUGGUAUGUCAUCUAUGAAAUCUACCAGGCUGGUUCCCAAGUGGUUGGCUGAGCCUGGCAGUAGCAUCAGUAGUAAAAUUACCGUAGACAUUAGGUGCCAGCAGCUACUUUUUUAGACACGGUGCCAAUUAGUCAAGCGCUGAGUUAGUAUGCCUUUAAAGGGGGUUGUACCAGAAUCGACAUUUUGAACCAACCACAGAUGUGUUGGACCCCCACCAAUCCAAGCAUUCACUGCCUCUCCAUGACUGAGAUAGCAGAGAACAGUGGUCUAGCGAGAAGGAACAGGGGGGCUUGGGACCUCCGCUCUAAUAAUCAGUGGGGUCCCCCGCAAUCAGACAUCACAUCAUGUGGAUAGGGUGAUGAAUGUUGAUUCUAGUACAGGACCCAGCAGGUCCUGCAAAUCUUUUUAAAUUACACAUAACUCGCCUCUAGAAGAAAGUUUGUAAUAUACUUAAAGGGGUACAAGUUAUCCCUUAUCCACAGGAUAGGGGAUAACUGUCAGAUUGGUGGGGGUCCUACUGCUGGGAACCCCACCAAUCAUGAUAACGAGGGUCCCUUGCUGCUCCCCUAAAAUGACCAGAUUGGACGGUCGCACAUCUGUGCAGCCGCUCUAUUCAUUUCUAUGGGAGUUCUGGAGAUAGGUGAGCGCUGUAUUUGGCUAUCUCCAGAACUAUUCCUUUCCCUUGUGCAUGUGCAAAUAAGGUGGAUUCCGGAGUUUGCGCCCGCACUAGGGAGACGACUAGAUCUAGCUCCAUCCACAACGGAAGUGACGUCUCCUCCAUAGUUUAGGCUGGAAACCCGGUAAAUGAUGUGACAUCGGCGGAAGCUAGAUUUUCAGGAGUUCCUGAGCAGCACACAACUUCAGGCUGGUAAGUAUAUACAAACUUUCUCCUACAGGCGAGUUGUAUGUAAUUGAGGAGGGUUUGCGGGACCCGGAAAUCCCUUUUACUGCUUUAUGUACGUAGCAGACCCGAGUGCACUUUGGCUUGCUGCUCCCAAUUUUUGGGGCCCUGGACACUAUUCCUGUGUAACACAAUAUGGGGCCUCCUGCUUGAUUCUGAUGACGUGCACAAUGCUCCUAUUAAUAUGAGCUUUCACAGAGCCCCAAAACUGUCAGCAUUCAUCAGGAUCCCGACUGGACAGCAGAUUUAGGCACCUUUAUGAAAUAAGCCCCAUGCUCUUCACUCGCGGCAGCGCACUCCUCCUCCUCUUCGGUGCUACAUUGGUAAGAAGCCAUCUAACACCUCCAUUUAUACCGAAUACAGCAUUGGUUCGGCAAAAGUUGAAGAAAAAACAAUUAUUUUUUUUGGAAGUGAAGCACCGUAUGAGGUGCACUUGUUCAGUUGUAUUAAUCUGCUUCAAAGCCCAGGUUCAUGGCCAGGCCUCAGGUGACGAGGUAGAGCAGGCAGCCCGUCACCCACGCAAUCUACUCCUCCCAUUGUGUAAAUCUGUGGAGCAGAGAGAACGGUGAUGUUAAAGGGGAACGCACACCCA